GGGGAGGGGGCGGGGACUGGAGAUUCUGAGGUGGGGACUUGGAGUUUCUGGAUUCUUUCUCCGGUGUCCGGAGGGCCGCCCGCCGGAGGGCUGUGGCGUCGGUGGUGAGAGGAGCGGCGGGGCGGGCGGCUAAGCCGCCGGGCGCGGAGGUCGGGGAAUCCGCGGGGAAAACACUUUCCUUGGAGGACGGAAUGCAGCCCGCGUUCCUGCUCCUGAGUCAGCCCUGGUGUUCGGCUACUCCUCGGUUCCUCCGGUGGAUUCGCGAUUCUUGCUUCCUUGUGACCGGGUGGAGAAAUCCCAAUAGCCUUGAAGCUUUCUCAGAACUUGUACCGAGAUUGCAAGCUGAACUUUGAAGCCUGUUAAGUUGCUAAUAAACAUGUCUUAAUAUCAGAUAAUGACUCUACAGUCCUGGUUCCUGGAGCUACUUGAGUCAGAGUAAGAAAGCCUGAGUUUGGGGAGGAAAAAAACCCAAAACAAAAAGACCAGCAACAGAAGAGAAGCAAGGACAGCAGACAAGGUUUUUCCAGUUCGCGUAAUAUUUCCCUCAUGGAUACUUUUUCAUAGCAUUAUUAUGUGAUGAGAAGUUGUUUUUUUCCCUUUCUUUGAAGUAACAUGGAUUUUAUACUACAGAAUCAAGAGAAUUGGCUUUAUAGGAAAAUUUGAUGUAUAAAAAGUGGUACAUGUUUUUAUAGCUAACCAUGACAACAUCCCAUAUGAAUGGGCAUGUAACAGAGGAAUCAGACAGCGGGAUAAAAAAUUUUGAUCUUGCAUCACCAGAGGAACAUCAGAAGCACCGAGAGAUGGCUGUUGACUGCCCUGGAGACCUGGGCACCAGGAUGAUGCCCAUGCGAAGAAGUGCGCAGUUGGAGCGUAUUCGACAACAGCAGGAGGAUAUGAGACGGAGGCGAGAGGAAGAAGGGAAAAAGCAAGAACUUGAUCUAAAUUCCUCCAUGAGACUUAAGAAACUAGCUCAGAUUCCUCCAAAGACUGGAAUAGAUAACCCUAUAUUUGACACAGAAGAAGGAAUUGUUUUAGAAAGUCCUCACUAUGCUGUGAAAAUAUUAGAAGUUGAAGACUUGUUUUCUUCACUUAAACAUAUCCAACAUACUUUGGUUGAUUCUCAGAGCCAGGAGGAUAUUUCACUGCUUUUACAACUUGUGCAAAAUAAAGAUUUCCAGAAUGCAUUCAAGAUACACAAUGCUGUCACAGUACAUAUGAACAAGGCCAGUCCUCCAUUUCCACUUAUCGCCAACGCACAGGAGCUUGUACAAGAGGUGCAAACUGUGUUAAAGCCAGUCCACCAGAAGGAAGGACAAGAAUUAACUGCUUUGUUGAAUGCGCCACAUAUUCAGGCACUUUUACUGGCCCAUGAUAAGGUUGCUGAGCAGGAAAUGCAGCUAGAGCCCACUACAGAUGAGAGAGUUUAUGAAAGUAUUGGCCAGUAUGGAGGAGAAACUGUAAAAAUAGUUCGUAUAGAAAAGGCUCGUGAUAUUCCAUUGGGUGCUACAGUUCGUAAUGAAAUGGACUCUGUCAUCAUUAGCCGGAUAGUGAAAGGAGGUGCUGCAGAGAAAAGUGGUCUCUUACAUGAAGGAGAUGAAGUUCUGGAAAUUAAUGGCAUUGAAAUUCGAGGAAAAGAUGUCAAUGAAGUUUUUGACUUGUUGUCUGAUAUGCAUGGCACUUUGACAUUUGUUCUGAUUCCUAGUCACCAGAUCAAGCCUCCUCCUGCCAAGGAAACAGUAAUCCAUGUAAAAGCUCAUUUUGACUAUGACCCCUCAGAUGACCCUUAUGUUCCAUGUCGAGAGUUAGGUCUGUCUUUUCAAAAAGGAGAUAUACUUCAUGUGAUCAGCCAAGAAGAUCCAAACUGGUGGCAGGCCUAUAGGGAGGGGGACGAAGACAAUCAGCCUUUAGCUGGGCUUGUUCCAGGGAAAAGCUUUCAGCAGCAAAGAGAAGCCAUGAAGCAAACUAUAGAAGAAGAUAAGGAACCAGAAAAAUCAGGAAAACUGUGGUGUGCAAAGAAGAAUAAAAAGAAGAGGAAAAAGGUUUUAUAUAAUGCCAAUAAAAAUGAUGACUAUGACAAUGAGGAAAUCUUAACUUAUGAGGAAAUGUCACUUUAUCAUCAGCCAGCAAAUAGGAAAAGACCCAUUAUCUUGAUUGGUCCACAGAACUGUGGCCAGAAUGAAUUGCGUCAGAGGCUCAUGAACAAAGAGAAAGACCGCUUUGCAUCUGCAGUUCCUCAUACAACUCGGAAUAGGCGAGACCAUGAAGUAGCUGGUAGAGAUUACCACUUUGUCUCACGGCAGGCAUUUGAGGCAGAUAUAGCAGCUGGAAAGUUCAUUGAGCAUGGUGAAUUUGAGAAAAAUUUGUAUGGAACCAGUAUAGAUUCUGUACGGCAAGUGAUCAACUCUGGAAAAAUAUGUCUUUUAAGUCUUCGUACACAGUCUUUGAAGACCCUCCGGAAUUCAGAUUUGAAACCAUAUAUUAUCUUCAUUGCACCCCCUUCACAAGAAAGACUUCGUGCGUUGUUAGCCAAAGAGGGCAAGAAUCCAAAGCCUGAAGAGCUGAGAGAGAUCAUUGAGAAGACUAGAGAGAUGGAGCAGAACAAUGGCCACUACUUUGACACAGCAAUUGUGAAUUCUGAUCUUGAUAAAGCCUAUCAGGAAUUGCUUAGGCUAAUUAACAAACUGGAUACAGAACCUCAGUGGGUGCCAUCCACUUGGCUAAGGUGAAGGAUACAAUCAUUGUGUCAUGAUUAGACUUUGUUUAGCAAACUGCCAAGAUACCCCGCCCACCCGACAGUGCAAGAUUGAGCAUAUGGUGGAAGGCAGCAGAACAAACUGCAGACCUGUUCUUAGAUCUCUUAAACUAGUGAGAAGAAAGUUCCCUGAGGCAAUUCAUACACACUUCUUACUCCCUAAAUACAGGUUUAGAGGCCCUUGGCUCAUUUGGAGAGUCAAAAUGGAAGCUUUCUUGAGAGAAUUUCCAUUUUAUCCUGUUAAAACUUGUUUUCAUGUAACUAAAUCCUUCUUGGUCAGAUGUCUGAAAAACUUGUAGGUACAUACGUAUUUCAUGUCUCACAAUUAUACUGUCAUUAUUUAACACUUAAUUUAAGUAACUUCAUGUGGUUAUUUGGGGGGGACUGCUUUAUGCACUAGGCAAACAAUAUUUUCUUAGAAGAGUGGUUUAGUCAUCAGAAGUAUUUCCCUUACAAAAGAAAAAGGAGUAAAAAAGGUGUGCUACACCUUUAGUUUGAAGCUACUUUUUAAGUUUGAAUUUAUUUGUUCGUCUUUUAAUUUUGAAAAACAUUCAAGUAGAAGUACCAGCUAGCUCAGACUUAUGCUGACCUUUUAAAGGAUAUCAUUUUCUGAAUUGUUUAUUAAAUUGUUUAGUGAUUUGAUAGCCUUGAUUUCUUUCUCUGAUCUGCACAGUGAUACAGGAGUUCAUAAACUGUAAGUUUGUUCCUAAUGAUGUAAAGUUUUUAUAUACAAGGAGGGACAUAGCACAUUUGACAGUUUUUGCAUUUUUUUAUACAUUAGCAUAGAAUUAAUCUAUGACUGUGCUGUGUAGGUAACUGGAAUUCUACUGCACUGUAUACUAAUAUUUAAUAAAUUAACAUAGUUGUGUUCAGCAUUGAAAAUAAAAUUCGAUAUAUCCAUACACUAAGGAAAUACUAAGACGAUUGACUUUUGACAUCAGAAGGAAGACCAAAAAGUCAUUUGGAGAUUUUUUUAGGAAAAGGAUAUUGGAGGAAAUUUUUAUUAAGCAUAUACAAACAAGUUUUGUCCUAACAAGGUCUGCCUCAUGACUGGAAUACAACAGCUUGCUAAAUCAUUAAUGUUUAAAUUAAUGGGAUUUUUGUAUUGUCUCUAUAGUUAUAGUUUUAACUGUCUGUAAACUGGUGUGGAAAGUUAGUCUUUUCAAGUCUUUAAAGUGUAAUGUGUGACAACCAACCUCAAAUGUGAAUGUUUUGAUUUAGCUAUAGCAUUUCAUGUUCCCAAAGCUAAACACUGGAAAAAUACUGACUUGUCACUUACCACAAGCAGGUGUUAAUGAGUAGUUUUUCCUCAGCAUCUGUGUUUAAUUUCUAGAUAAUUCUAUUAGAACAAAUGUGGGCAGUUUGUGUUGUCUUUUUAAUUUUGCAUGGCUUUCAUUGGCUGGCAAGUGUGUCUUACGUAGAAAUGAAAUUUUCAGGAUAAUUUUCCUUAGGAAGAAAGGAGCAUUCCUGGGUUGCUACAACCUUGUCUCAAGUCUGAAACACUCCACUUGGUAGAGCAGGAAAAUGAAAGAGCAUAUCCCUUUUCAGCACUGAAAAUCCCUAUCCUUAGCAACUUAAAUCUUUUUAGUUUUCCAGUUUACUUCUCAGGAAUGAAAAGUAGUCAACAGAGCUUUGUGAUCUGAAAAUAAUGAAAGACCUAUAAUAUAGUGCACAGCUGUAAUCCCAGCCUUUGGAGAGCCAGAGCAGGAUCUAGAGUUCAAGGCUGGCCUGGGCCACAUGAAACAUUUUUGUGUUUUUUGAAAUAGGGUCUCCCAAGAAACUUGCUAUACAAACCAGGCUGACCUCUAACAGAGAUCUGCCUACCUCUGCCUCUGGAGUGCUGAGAUUAAAGGCAUGUGCCAUCAUGCCCAGCUGAGACCCUAUCUUAGAGAGAGGUUUUACAGGUAAAGCCCCUACUAAGGUUUGUGCCAUGUCACCGUGCAUACUUUUAGGAACUGAGAUUUCAAGAUCAGUGACAUCCUGUAGCUUUCUUUACUCAGCCAUGGUAGAGGGACAGAAUAUAUCCUAAACUUUUCUAAAUCUUAGUGAUAUCUCGUAAACUCUGUAAGAGUCCCUAAACAACGUGAAAAAUGAGCUGUAGUCACUUCCUUGGGAAGGAAAGCCUGGCUAUACAUCUAGCUGUGCACCCACUAGGGCCAGUUCAAUCUCCUGUCUCUGAGGUUCUGAUUAGAUACUGCAGUGUCUUAAUCUCACUUACAGAAAUAAUACAGUGGUUGACUGGGGAUGUAGCUCAGUUGGUCGAGUAACUGUCUAGCAUAUAAAGCCCUGGGUUUAGAUCCACAACACUGCAUAAACCCAGUGUAGGGCACAUGUCCAGUAGAGGCAGGAGGAUGAGGAACUCAAGGUUGUCCUUGGCUACAUGACAACUUUGAUGCCAGCCUGAGUGACAUAAGAUCCUAUAUCAAAAAACAAAAAGAAGAAAUUACAAUAGCUAGUUAAAUGUCCUUGGGAAAUCCAAGCGAAAUUUCAUCAUACAUGAGAACAAAUAAAACACUAAUAUUUAGGCUAAUCCAGAUUUGCUUUCUAUCAAAAUCUAGUGUCUGGAUUGUUUUCCUUUUCUCAUGGCCUAAGGAAUAAGUAUUGAUAAGGAAUGAUUUGAAUGUAAUUUUUGUGAAUGUGUGGAAAAUAUAAACCAGGGAUUUUAGCCUUACUAAAGAUAAUUGUUCUGGCAUCUGUUGUUAAUCUUCCUUUGUACUCUUGUCUUGUAUCUGCUCUGCAUUCUGUUAUUUUGAGAUGCACACUGUAUUUUUUUUAAAAAAGUAAAAUUUCAAAUUUAA